AUGGAAGCAACAAACAAAGAGAACUCCAAAUCUGUCAAGCUUCCAAACGCAGUAACAUUAAAGGCCACAACAACAGGCAUCAAAUCAGACGGAAAUCUCCUCAAUCUCAACACUCAAACACUUAAUCUAUUUGAAAAUGGAGCAGUGCCAAUCAGCGGCGACGGCGGGAAAGCCGCCGUAAAGGUUGCGGCGGAGAGAACCACAACCACGGAACGACGUAUAGGGUUUGGGACGACUCACCGUUUUGAUUCAGUGGGACUAAACAGAGGCGUGUGGCGAAAAACACAUCGCUUGAGCGAGGACACCUGGAAAAAUGGGUGUCCUCAUCCUUCCAAUGCCACCUAUGACUAUAGAAGAAGUAAUUCCGCGGACAAAGAAAUGGUGGCCACCUUGGGAUUCAAGGAAGCAAUUGAGCAGACAUUUAUUGUGAAACCAGUGGAGUAG